AGCGUAUUCAAAUGGAUAUGUACAUCUGUACUUUUAAACAGGUAUACAAACCAAUUUAAGCGUAUACUUAUAUACACGUCAGGCUAUAUAUAACUAUUUUUCACAAUUUACAGUCUACUGUUAAUAAAGUGGUGGGGGACAUAGGACAAAAAUGAAGGAUCACGAUCACACGACAUACAUGUACCGUGUAGCUUGACAUUGGUUAAAAUUACAUCCACAUUUCAUUGUAUGGGACAGUAACAAAUGGUCACCAAACGUUAAAGAGCUUACAAUUUCUGCUAACACAUGUACAAUCUGAUAAUUAGAUGAGCUGGACUAUGAAUUGAAAGAUGUAAAGCAACAAACAACUUUAUCGAAUUUAUCGACUUUAUCGAAUGUUGUGGACAAUUCAGUCAUGCUGGGAAUCCCAAGUAAAAGAUUUUAUCGCCACGAGAAAAAUAUGCAGCUUGAUGUACAAGUGAUUUAAAUGCACAUCUUUAGAUGUAAAACAUCUCUAUGCUCUAUAAUAUGGGAUAUUUACAAAAUGACCACCAAACAUGGAAGAACUAACACUUUCCGCACAGCACUUGUACAAUCUGAUAAAGCUAGACUAUGAGGCAACAGAUGUACAGCAACAAAAAUACUUCAUCGAACAUAUUGUUGAUAUUAUCGCCACUAAAGUGGGAGAAUUAUAUCCCGUCUAUCGAACUCAUCCUAAAAUACCCCACGGGAGUUUCUAUCAAAGAACGAAAAUAGAACAAGCCCGUGAAUUCGACUUUUUACAUCCAUUUGUGUUUUCGGAAAAUAAAGGGAUAAGAAUACAAAACAAAUCUACAUUUCCCACAAGUUCGCCAGAUGCGACAGAAGUCUACAUCACUUCAUAUCUGAAAAAUAUACUGUCACAGCCAAAAGAGAACCAUAAUCUACUGCAAUAUGCAGAUUAUACUAUAAAUAAAAGGCUAAAUCCAAUUCCUGACAUACUCGAGACACUUCACAAAGCUGUCUCCGAUGCGUUAAUAGAACUUGACAGUGAUUCUGAAUGCCAUAUUGUGUACAGAGGAGAGUGUGACCUCAAGCGAAGCAAGAUAGAAUUCCUUGAGGUGGGUGAAACGGAUCCACACAUAUUGUCAUUGAAUGAGGUAGCGUUAGACGCCAAUGACUUUGGGCCAUGUAUAACUCUGGCCAUUGGUGGACCCCUUUGUAUCUCCCACGUGGACAUGACAUUCUGCAUAGAAGACCUAAAGAUGAACAGCGAGAGAGAAUGGCGUGAAAGAUACUUUGUUUUGCUGAGAUAUGGAUUUCUUCAGAACAAUUGGUUACGUACAUAUUAUAAACCUGGAUACAAAGAAUUAGAUGAGCACCAUACUAAGAUUUUGGUGCUGAUGAAAAAGUGCUUUGUUGAAUGUAAAAAGUAUCAAUAUGAUUCGACAUAUACUUCACAUGUAUUAAGAACCCUGGUGCUCAGUCAUCACCAAGUAUGUGAAGAUGAAACAUCUCUAGGAAGAUGUUUCUACAAAGUAGCCAUACAUGUACUGAGAAUGGCAAUCCAGGAUCCGGAGGACAACGAAAAACUGUACAUAAGUUCUGAAUGGUUGGGAAGUUUGAAAAAUGUUACUUAUCCUGUAGGUGUUUCGAUAAUUAACGAAGGAAGCAAUUUGUUCCCAACUGACCUACUAUUUACACUUUCACUAUACAUUCUAGUACAGUUUAUGAGAUAUCCGCACACUGUCGAUUCACUUUGUACCACAAAACUUAUAUCUGUGUUCAUACAGGUGAUAUGUAAAUACAGUUCGGCUGCAUUGAAAAUUCAAGUUGGAGGUAUUUUACAGACUGAAGUUGAAUCAUAUGAGAGCGAGAUUUUAAUUGAACGUGUACAUAAUUUCCUUUUUGAACUGAGAUAUAUGAGAUAUAAAGGUGGCGCAAUCAACAGUAUCUUAUCCCAUCCUCCACUACCGUAUAUACCAUACUGCCCCGACCCUGAACAACCUAUCCGUAUUAGUCUCACGGGUAAAAUAGAGAAAAUAUGUAAGGAAGAGGAGAGAGGUGAAUGGGAAAUGUGGAGACAUACGAUUGAACAGAAUAUUGGUCUAACGAGAUUUAUGGAACUUAGAAAGCACCAGAAAAAUAUCCGGAAAUGGGAACAAAUCAGACGUCAGGAAAUCAGUCAUCUGGCAAAGGAAAAUAACGCGUCAAGAGGAAAUAAAACACCAGGAGAAUCUUAUACAAGAGGAGAUCAAACGUCAAGAAUAUCUCACACGCCGGGAGGAUAUUAGAAGAUGGGUACUUAGACAUCGACAGGAGGAACUCAAACGUCAAGAGGAUCUAAAAAUACGGGAGGAACUCAAACGUCGAUCGGAGCUUAAACGUCAAGAGGAACUAAAAAAUCAAAAGGAACUCAAACGUCAAGAGGAACUCAAAUGUCAAGAGGAACUCAAACGUCAAUCGGAUCUAAAAAUACGGAAGUAACUCAAACGUCGAUCGGAGCUAAAACGUCAAGAGGAACUCAAACGUCAAGGGGAACUCAAAAAUCAAAAGGAACUCAAACGUCAAAAGGAACUCAAACGUCAAGAGAACUCAAACGUCAAUUGGAGCUAAAACGUAAAGAGGAACUCAAACGUCAAGAGGAGCUCGCCCGUCAGAUGGAGAUCAAACGUCAAGAUGAUAUUAGGAAUCAUCGGGCAUCUUAUAGCAGUGUUGUUGAAUGUGUUCCUAAAUCUUCCCUUCAGAUGCGUAAAGAAAAUACCAGGACUAGUCAAGGGGAAGUUAAACGUCAGGAGAAUAUUGGAACAGGUAAUCAAACAACAGGUAGACAUAUGGGAGGAAGAAAAGGAGCUCGUGCGUCAGGCCUUUGCGCUCAGUGGUCCAGAGAUUAUAAGUGA